AUGGGUUGGCAGAGGCUUCAGUCACUAUUGCUGCGUCUUGUUGUGACUCCAUCCCUCUCUCUCUCCCUGUCUCUCUCUCGCUCUCUCAGUAAGCGAGCCACAGAGAGCGAGCUGCAUCGCUCCAUGAACGAGUUCCUCAGCAGACUGCAGGACGACCUGAAGGAAGCCAUGAACACCAUGAUGUGCAGUAAAUGCGAAGGCAAGCACAAGAAGUUUGAGAUGGACCGGGAUCCGCUGUGCGCUCGCUAUUGCGCGGAGUGUAACAAGAGGCACUCGGUCGAGGAGGGAGAUCUGUGGGCCGAGUCCAGCAUGCUGGGCCUCAAAAUCACCUACUUCGCCAUGAUGGACGGCAAAGUGUACGACAUCACAGAGUGGGCCGGCUGUCAGCGGGUGGGGAUUUCCCCCGACAUCCAUCACGUUCCUUAUCACAUCUCCUUCGCAACCCGCACCCCAGGAGGUGGUGCGCGACACAGACCGAGCACGGAGAGCGGCCUGCCAUCCGCUCCCGACCUUCAGGAAUUCUUCACCCGGAUUUUCACCCCCAACGGCAGCUUCUCGGGCCCCUGGACCCCGCCGGCCCCCGGGACCCAGCCCCGCUCGGAGGCCUCGCAGCGAGCCGACUCCAAGCCCAAGAGGAGGAAGAAGGUGCGGAGGACGUUCCCGCGAUAAACGAAUUCCCCCGGGAAUCGGCUCCGGCUCCAUCUCCGCGCAGAAUCCAGGCACGGGCGGACUGACUGACUCGACUCCCGCUGACGCCUCCCGAGGCUCGCACUCAGCCAGAGAGAGAGAGGGGGGGUAAACGAGAGGGGUAAGAGGAGAGUGAUA